ACCGAGUUUGGCCUGCUCAGUUCCUUAACCUCCUUCCUUUUGUGUUUCUCUAUAAACUGUCUUCUUUUCUUCUUCCCCUUUCUCUCUCGCCGAUCGCCAUCGGGACCGACCAACAAUCCUUACCGAGGGUUGGAUCUCCGCCGUUCCUCCAGCUCAGGACUCUCCCUGCCUCCGAUUUGCUGCCGGUCACGGAAUCUGCGAUCAAAGAGGCGCCUUUGAGAGGAUUAAACGAGGAGGAAGCAGCGAGAAGAGGAAUAGGCGGCGGAAGGAGUUUCAAAGAUGCCGCCUUUGGUGCUUCCCACCGUCGACUUAAAGGAUCGCGUGGGCAGCUUGCAGGGCUACUUCCAUGGAGAGGCAGCGGGGUCGGCGGUGGUGGUGCGGAAGAGGGGCAAGCUCUCUUUAACUAGGAUGGCGGCAGGGGAGGAGGAAGCGAGUUCCUCUAUCUGCUCCGCUUCCUCUUCCUUCUCUGCUUUAGCGCACGGCGAGGAGGAGGAGGAGGACGAAGAGGCGGAGAGCGAGCGAAAAGAUGGGGGUUUGAUGUCCUUGGAUUCGCUGGAAGACGCGAUUCCCGUCAAGCGAGGACUGUCCAAUUUCUUCUCGGGGAAGUCCAAGUCCUUCGCCAUCCUCGCCGACAUCGCCGGCGCCUGCUCCAGGGACGUGGCCAAGCCGGAGAACCCAUUCAACAAACGCAGGCGUCUGCUGCUGAUGAGAAAGACGCGGCGGACCUCCUACAUUUCGUUCCUCCGCCCGCCAUUGCCACCGCUCCUGUCGCCUGCGCGCGCCGUGGAGGAGGGCGACGAGGAGGGGGAGGAAGACGAGCAGCGGCACCACCGCCAGGAAGGGGGCGCCUUGGGGCCGUUUCCUCACCUUGGCAGCGGCGGCGGCCUCGUCGGAAAGCGGCCAUUUCGAUCGCCGAGGUGCUUUUCCCUCUCCGAUCUCCAACACCACGCUUAGUGUUUCUUCUUUUACCCCAAAAUAAUAUAAAUCGAUCUCUUUAUUAUAAAGAUCUGAAA